AUGCGACGAGGCGACCACAUCAUUUCUACCGUAACGCUGCUGCUGCUCUGCUGUUUCGCAGGAUUUAGCCAUGCUGACGACAGUAUCCUCCGCAUCGAGGAGCGGCUGACGACCGACCGCGAAUUUUAUGAGAAUUGGAUGCACCUCGUCGGGCUUCAGGCCCAAGAGCUCGAAGAGCAAACGGCCGACUUUCCGAUUGACGCCAAUGAAAUCUACCGUAACCUGACGAAAUGCCGGCGCGUCGCCGCCCAGUAUGCAGAUCAUGUUGAUUACGUUAGGCCCGAAGACAUUGCCAUUUACGCCGAGAUCGGGCAUUUGAGCCGAUAUUGUGCCCAUAAUUUCUCGAUGCUCCAGGCUGGGAUCCUGGAUUCAUGUCAGCAUCGCCCGAGCGAGAACGAGCUCCCGAGCAUAGAGCGGUUACUGCGGCUCUUUGCCGACAACCUUACAGUCGUAUCGACGAAUAAUCGUGACGAUCCGCUCCGGGAUCAAGCAAAAAAAAUCGGUGAAGCCGUCCGAAGACUCGACCGGCACGCCGAAAAGUGGAAGCUGAUCGUCGUCAUCCCGAGCGUACAGGACGGCGAGGCGAGCGAAACGGGCCAAACGGCAGUUGAAGUUCUGGCGAUGAUCGAGGAGCUGCAAAAGCAACUUCCCGUCCGCACACUUGUUGUCGUUGUGGAAAAUUCGGGCAAAGGCAUCUGGGCGGAUGCGUCGCAUUCGCAUGCUGCUUGCCGGCAAAUGCUGUCCAAGUGGAAAAUCCACUCCCAAUAUAAUACGGAAAAUAUCUGGGAUCAGGUCAACCGGAUCGCCGACCUCAACUUUCGGAAAGCCAAUUUCACCGUCGAAAUCCUGCCUUUACUCCGGAACGCAUCGCUGACGCAUUUGCCGGAUGCGAUGGACCUCUCCGUGCUCGGCUACGACUGUGCACACUUUUCCGAGCGUGGCCUUUCACUCCUACAUACGGGUAUUUGGAACGAAUUAUGGACUACGGCCAAGCUACGCAAUCGACACUGGCGUCCCACGCCCAAUAUGGUGAUUUGCCCAAAUCCACGCUGCCCCUUCAUCCGCACCCAGGUCAACAGCGAGAAAUGCAUCUGGAACGAGGUGGAGAGCUGGACCUCCCCGCUGCCGCCCGAGAUCAUCGCGCUCUGCAUUUUGGCCCUUGCCGUGUUAUUGUCGAUCUGCCUCCUCUGCUGCCUUUGCAUGCACAAGGCGCCCAAGCUGAAGAAGAAGCGCAUGCACUCGUUCGGCUCGACGUUCAGCAGCAUCCGGUUCAUCGACGAGGACUCG